AUGCCAAGGAGAAGGAAAAAUCUUGGGGGAAGCCCAUUUCAGAAGACUGCGAACUCUGAGGAAGUUGUCAUGUCCAGUGUUGCUAGUCAUGAGGAACCAACCACUACUCUUCCUUCCAUGUAUGAGAUCCAAGUUGAUCAGGAUGAACUCUUCACCAGUAUUUCAGAGAUGUUUUCUGAUCUGGAUCCUGAUGUAGUAUAUUUGAUGCUUUCUGAAUGUGAUUUCAAAGUUGAAAAUGCUAUGGAUUGUUUAUUAGAAUUAUCUGCCACUGAUGCUGAGAAAGAAGAAUCCUUUUCAAAAAGCUUACCUGCUUCUGAGAACCAAGAAAGUGUAGCAGGAAUUGAUAUAAUGGAAAAGUGUCCUGAAAAAGAGAAUAAAGAUACAAUAUUGGAUUCUGUUUUGGACAUGCAACUAACUGAAGACUUUGAUUGCUUAAUAGAGGAUGCUUUUGAGACAUUGGACUGUUCUAAUGGCCAAGUAUCUUCAUCUCUUCCCUUGCAAGAUGUUAAUAGUUUAAGUGACACACGUGAGUGUAUAAGUUCAGAUCCGAGUAGCUUGACUCCUGUUCUUUCUUCACAAAAUAAGGAUUUGAACGAUGAAAUUUUACUGAAUUCUGCCUCUACGUUAAGUUUAAACUCCUUAACUUCACAUUUAACUUUGAAUGUGUCCAAAAGUUUUUCAAAGGAUAACACACUGGCACUGGAAGAUAACCAUCCAGAAGAUUCUCUUCUAAAUAGUCCUUUAAAUGUGGCAAAUGACUCCAUCCUGGGUUGUAGCAAUCUCGGUCAAGGACAGAAAGAGCUUUUAAAAGCUCAAUGUGUUGGGACUCAGUUUCCUCAAGCCCCUGUAGAUUGGGAUGACAACGAACCUCAGGCUUCUUUAAAUCUUUCUGUGCAGAAUCCAGAGCUUGAUUUACUAGAUACAGUUGGAGAUCAAAAAUCUACUUCUGCCUCUGAUGUGUUAGUACCUUCUGAAGGGUUCACUUUCAAGCCAUACAAGCCUACUGAACUGACAAGAAAGGGGAAGGAUGUAAAUUACUGCCCAGUACUUACCUCUCUUCCUUUAAUGCUGCCUCCUUGUCCACCUUCACUAAUGUGGAGUCCAGUGAUUCCCACUUUUGAGCUCUUUCAAGGAAACCAUGGCUUUGUAACUCCUGUUGUAACAACAGCUGCACACUGGAGACCUGUCAACUAUACAUUUCCAUCUCCAGUUAUUUCUUAUACUUCCCAAACCAAGAUAUGGAGACAUAAAGAGGGAACCAGUGCUUACCAAGUACGAGAAACUCCAGUUUCUCAGGCUGUAAGAAAGAAAAGAACAUGUUAUGUUGGACUAGUUCUUGUUCUUCUCAGAGGGCUUCCAGGAUCAGGAAAAUCUUUUUUGGCAAGGACUUUGCGAGAGGAUAAUCCAAGUGGAGUCAUUCUUAGUACUGAUGAUUAUUUUUAUAUAAAUGGACAGUACCAGUUUGAUGUAAAGUACUUAAGAGAAGCACAUGAAUGGAACCAGCAUCGUGCAAAAGAAGCAUUUGAGAAGAAAGUAUCUCCUGUAAUAAUAGAUAAUACAAACUUACAGGCAUGGGAAAUGAGGCCUUAUGUUACUUUGUCUCAAAAACAUAAGUAUAAAGUCCUUUUCCGGGAACCAGACACUUGGUGGAAGUUUAAACCAAAGGAACUUGCAAGGCGUAAUAUUCAUGGAGUAAGCAAAGAAAAAAUAAUAAGAAUGUUGGAACACUAUCAGCGUUUUGUUUCAGUGCCAAUAAUCAUGAGUUCUUCGGUUCCAGAGAAAAUUGAACGUAUUGAAUUGUGUGCAUAUUCUUGUGAGGCUAGAAGUACUAGCCCAAAAGACAAUGAAGAUACUACCUCUGCAAGAGAAGAAAAUGUUUUAUCCUCAUCUUUGAAGCACCUAGAGUUAACUGAAGAAAAGAAACAUGAAGUGACCGAUGAAACUGUAUUACACGAGAAUGUUUCAUUUCUCUUUAAUGCAGAUAUAGACAAAGGAAGAAAAGAAAUAAGUAGUAUGGAUCAUAGCAUUCAGAGUGCUUUCAUACAGGAAGGUCCGGACAUGUAUUUUUCUGACUCUGAAAUCAAAGUACAAGUAAUAGAUAAAAAUGAAAAAGAAGAGACAGUAGAAAUGGCUUCUGAAAAACAGUGUACUGAAACUGAUGUAGAUAGUUUGGUAGAUAGUGCAUCACCAAGUAUUUACUGUGAUGAAAAUACUCCAGAAGAUAGUGAUCUUGCAAAGACUAUACCACUUCAAAAUGAAAAUUUUUUACCUGGUGAAGUCCUGGAAGAAAGAGCAACAGUAAAGAAAAAAGCCUUUGGGAACCAAAAAAACAAAUCAACUUUGGAAAAGUUCCAUGGACAUGAGCUAUCAAAUUUUGUUGGUGAUUGGCCAGUUGAAAAGACAGUGGGUCAGAGGACAAAAAGGAACCACAAAACUGAAAAAGCUUUAUCUGAACAAAGUGACAAAAAGUAUAAUUAUCUCCAGUCACACAAACUAAUAGGUAAUAGCACAUCUCUGGAUUUAGAUUAUAUCCAGCAACAGAAGUUUCCACUUGAUUUCGUUGAGGAUGACAAGAAGUCACAGUGUGAGGAUGCUUCAGAAUCCUUCAAUAGCUGUAAAAAUGAUACCUUCACAAAUUCUGAAAAUAAUAUGUCAAACUCAUUCAACAUUGUGAGUGACUGGCCUUCUUUAGCUCAGAGACAGCCCAGAUCAAGAAUGGCAAAGGCUCGUUUCAAUCAACCUGAUCUAGAAUUUGGCAAAGACAAAAUGAGUGAAAUGUCCAUAUACACAGCGCACAAGGACUGUUGGGGCACAAACCCUGAAGAACCAGAAACAUUGGGUAGCUCCACUGUAGGUAGUUCUGAAAUGCUAUCUGGUGAAGUGACCCAGGAGAAUAAGAUUUGUCUAAGUGAAAAGAAUCAUGGGCAGCAUACACUGUGUGUGUCUUUUACCAGUAGUGCUGCCAUUGUUCCUGGAGUAGUGGAGCCACAGAUUUUAGCUGAAUUUCCAGAGGAGACGUCUAAAAGAGUUCCUGGAAUAGAAAUUGGCGUGUGUACCCAGACUGAACCACAGGAUUUUGCUCUCCUAUGGAAAAUAGAAAAGAAUAAAAUUAGUGUUUCAGAUUCUGUCAGAGUAUUAAUAGGAAGAUCAGAAGGUUUUAAACCAGAAGCCUUCAAUAUUAACAUAAAAUCAGAUGUUCAAAAAGCAAUUCCAUAUAGAGUGAUGCAUGAUAAAAGCACAUAUGUCGAAGAAAGUGAGCUUACCAGUGCUGAUGAAUCUGAAAAUCUUAAUAUUCUUUGUAAAAUAUUUGGAUCUUUUUCAGCAGAAGCCCUGAAAGACUUAUAUGAGAGGUGUAACAAAGAUAUUGUUUGGGCCACAAGCCUUUUGUUAGAUUCUGAAAGUAAAUUAUGUGAGGAUACUGAAUCUGACAAUUUUCAAACAUCAAAUAGUGAAUCACAAACUGGGCCAUUUUCUCUGGGAUUAGAUUUGAAGGAAAUUAUUAGCCCAGAAGAGACUUCAGAGGGUUCUACUUCUUCUGCACUGGAAUUUAGGCAUGGAAUUGAUAUCAGUAACACUACUGCGCAAUCUCCCUGUGAUGGGGAAAAGGGAAACUCAGUACAGGCAGAAAUUAGAGCUUUAUCUCCUUAUGCUGUUGUAGAUCUAAAGAAUGCUAGUGAACCACUUCCUAAUAGUCAGGGAGAAUUUUCAGGGUUGUAUAGCAGUAGCCAUUCUUUGGCAGGUGCUUUAAAAGCUACUACCACUAGUGAUGUGAGUGAAAUAGAAAAGAGUCUAGUAGCCACAGAGAUUGGAGACAGUACACAUUCUUCUUUGCAUUUGUCUGAUAUUUUAAACUCUGUAUCAAGCACUUCAAAUCUUGAAUUAGAUGAAGAAAUUUAUUUUACUGACCCUCUUGAGGUUAAGACAAAUGAAAAUCUUUCAGAAGAUUAUGUGAAAUUUCAGAUAAACACAGAAGAAUUUAUGGAUGAAGAUAUGCAGGAAAUGGAGAAAAUGCUAAUGCUAGGGAAUAGUUUGUCAGCUGGAGUUAGUAAAGAAGAUGAAACUGAGAUGUUGACUUCCACUUCAGGGAUGGCCAAAUCUCUGACCAUAGACUGUCUGGAAUUGGCAUUACCCCCUGAGUUGGCUUUUCAGCUCAGUGAAUUAUUUGGCCCUGUUGGUAUUGAUUCAGGGUCUCUAACAGUUGAUGAUUGUGUGGUUCAUAUAGAUUUGAAUCUGGCUAAAGUCAUUCAUGAGAAAUGGAAAGAGUCUGUAAUGGAGAGACAACGACAAGAAGAAAUAUCCCACAGCAGGCUUACACAAGAUCCUUCUGUGGUUGAGCAUAUUGGUCUUAAUAAUCCUGAGCAAAAAUCAACUCAGAGAACAGGCCAAAAAUUACUGAAGACUGUAGCAGCAUCUGAAAUGCUACCCUUAUUGGAUCAUUGGAAUACACAAAAUAAGAAAGUGUCACUCAGAGAAAUAAUUUCAGAAGAAAUUGCCAUACAAGAAAAAGAGAAUUUGAAAAGGGAGUCCUUUAUGUUUGAAAAAGAUUUUGCCACCAAACUGAAGGAGAAGCAACUCUUCGAGAUAUUUCCAUCCAUUAACCAAAAUUUUCUGAUGGACAUUUUCCAGAACCACAACUAUUGUUUAGAACAAACAGUGCAGUUUCUAAAAUGUGUUCUUGAAGGAGACCCUGUAAAAACAGUUGUAGCUCAAGAGUUUGUUCACCAAAAUGAGAAUGUCCCCUCUCAUACUGCACAGAAAUCUAAGGAGAAAAAGGCAAAGAAAUCAAAAGAGACUGAAGAUAUACCAAGUGAACUGUCUUCCCAAGAGUUUGAAUACCCAAUAUAUAAUGACUACAGGGCAAAGGCUUUCUUGCACCAACAGAAGAGGACAGAAUGCUACACCAAGGCCAAAGAAGCUUAUCAGAUGGGGAGAAAAAAUGUUGCCACUUUUUAUGCCCAGCAGGGUAGUCUCCAUGAGCGGAAGAUGAAAGAAGCCAAUCACCUUGCUGCUGUGGAGAUCUUUGAGAAGGUCAAUGCUUCCCUGCUGCCACAGAAUGUGUUAGACCUCCAUGGGCUACAUGUGGAUGAAGCUGUAGAACAUUUGAGGACAGUUUUACAGCAGAAAACUGAAGAAUUUAGGCAGAAUGGCGGUAAACCCUAUCUCUCUGUGAUUACGGGGAGAGGAAACCACAGCCAGGGAGGAGUUGCUCGCAUCAAACCAGCUGUCAUUAAAUACCUCACAAGUCAUAGUUUCAGGUUCUCUGAAAUUAAACCAGGGUGCUUGAAAGUCAUGCUAAAGUAA